GCAAAUAGCUAGCCUAGAGAUGCAAUCAUUAUUUAAUAUGCUCUUAUAGCUACAGGCAUAAAGAAUAUUUUCUUCAAAAUUUAUUUCUCAGCUGGCUACUGGGAAAUGUGUCCCUAAUUGGGUUUCUGCAGACUUUGAUGGCUUGUCCAGACCUCACCAUCCCAGCCAAUGGAGGAGUGGUGUACAGUGACACCACCAUCCCCAGAGCUGAGGGCUCCACAGCUAUACCUACUUCUGUGCCAUUGGCUACCAGAUGACUGGAAUGAUGAUGAGGACCUGUACUGUCACUGGAUGGAGCACUGGAGAUAAUCCUGUCUGUACUGCUAUCUGUCCUGACCUCCCUGCACUGGUCAAUGGAGGGAUCAGUUACAAUCCAACCACCACCCCCAGACUGCAGGGAGCCAUGGUUACACACUUCUGUACUGUCGUUGGGUAUCAACUGUCCUCAUCCACUAUCACUAGGACCUGUCAGUCUACCAGAAUGUGGAGUGGAUCAUCCCUCAUUUGUAACCCUGUCUCCUGUGGCUCCCCUCCCACUAUUACCAAUGGGAUGAUGAUCAGCUCUACUGGUACAACAUUCGGAGAGACGGCCACUUACACCUGCAGCACUGGGUACCAAAGGUCAGGAUCAGCCACGAUAACUUGUCAGGCUAGUGGGAGCUGGAGUACAGCACCAGUGUGUACAGCCAUCUGUGAUGACCUCCCUGCACUGGCCAAUGGAAUCAUCGUCUACAAUCCAACCUCCACCCCCAGACUGCAGGGAACCACGGCUACACACUUCUGUACUGUCGCUGGGUACCAACUGUCCUCAUCCACUACUACUAGGACCUGUCAGUCUAACAGAACAUGGAGUGGAUCACCCAUCGCUUGUGAACGUAAUGUUUCAAUAUGACCACAAUAUAACUCAUGUUUUGUUGUUUCGGUGUCGUUGAUUGUGGUCCCCUCACUAACCCCUCCAAUGGAACAGUGGACACAUCCUCUGGAACCAUCUUCAUGAUGACUGUUACCUACACCUGUAACCCUGGAUACACUUCAAGUAGUACUGACAGUAGAAUGUGUGGAGCAAUUAACUGCUGAGUGAUCAGGAGAAGCUCCAUUGUGCAACUACUUUAUUCCUUUGAGCAGUAAAUCAAUGGAUAAUAUUGCCAACAACUCUGGCUUAUCACUGGCAGCCAUUGGAGAGGGUUCCUCUGCCCUCACCUGUCAUACUGAACUAUCCACCUGCUGCAGAUGGGUAGACAACAAUGGCAGCACUGUUCUCGGAGGGUGGAGAGGACCAAAUGGUGGCAGCAUUCCUGAUUCAAACACAAACGGAUUCUACGUGUCGCGAGGUACGAGAUUCAUUAGUCUGAACCUUGCAGAGGGCUCCAGUGAAGUAGCUGGUACCUACUGUUGUCAAGUGCCCAGGGAGAGUGGGGCAACCACUACACAUUGUGUCAUGGUUACUGCGAGUGCAGGUGUAGUGGUCAAUAUUGUUGCUGUGGCUUCAGCUGGUUGGGUGGUUGCUGGAGUCUUGGCCAUUGCUGUGCUAGUACUGAUCGUAAUAGUGCUGGUUAUGUUGAGGCAACGGAGGUCUGGAUCCAAGGACAUGAGUGAUGAGAGGACAGGCAGCCAACCAACACAACUACCCCCAGUGGUGAUGAGUCAUCUCCCCUCCCAUGAUUACGAGGAGUUGAACAAACUACAGGAAGAGGCUGCCUAUGAGGUGGUGGACCAGCCACGCCCCCCUCCUCCUGCUGACUACUAGCUCUCAGCCUGUGCAGCUUAUGCACCCACUGACUUCAACACAGAGAACAAGUAGACACUAUAACAACACAGACUGUUUGUCAAUUGUAUGAAUCUGUAGUUUACAUUGAUUCUUUUUGUACAUGAAUUUUAUUAUUCAUAACUCAUGA